CUCUCUCUCCCCUUUGUCUCACACACACAGAAUAAGGAAGUCACUCCUUUCAGACAAAACAAAACUGAUCUCUCUCUCAGUGCGAUUUUAGGAAAAUGGCUGAGGCCAGUAUUUCAGUAGCUCAGGACCAGUUCAUGUGUCCACUGUGUCUGGAUCUCCUGAAGGGUCCGGUGACUAUCCCCUGUGGUCACAGUUUCUGUAAGGUGUGUAUUAAUGGCUGCUGGGAUCAGGAGGAUCAGAAGGGCGUCUACAGCUGUCCUCAGUGCAGAGACACUUUCACGACAAGGCCUGUUCUACGCAGAAACAACAUGCUGGAUGAAGUGGUGGAGAAACUGAAGAAGACUGAAGUCCAAGCUGCUUCUCCUGCUCACUGUUAUGCUGGACCUGGAGAUGUGGAGUGUGAUAUCUGCACCGGGAGAAAACACAAAGCCAUCAAGUCCUGUCCAAUCUGUGUAUUUUCUUAUUGUGAAACUCAUCUGAAACCUCAUCUUGAAGACCCUACUUUGCAAACACACACAUUAAUUGAAGCCUCAGCAAAACUCCAAGAGAAGAUCUGCUCUGAACAUAACAAGCUGAUUGAGAUCUACUGUCAGACUGAUCAAGCCUGCAUCUGUUAUUUGUGUACAAUGGAUCGUCACAAAGGUCACGACACCGUCACAGCCACAGUAGAAAGAGCUGAGAAACAGAGUGAGUUAAAGGAGGAGCAGAUGAAAUCCCAGCAGAGAAUCCAGGAGAAGCAGAAGAAGGUGCAGGAGCUGAAACAGGCUGUGAACACUAUAAAGCUCAGUGCACAGACAGCAGUGGAGGACAGUGAGAGGAUCUUUACUGAGCUGAUCAGCUCCAUGGAGAAAAAGCGCUGGGAGGUGAUGGAGCUGAUCAGAGAUCAGGAGAAGGCUGAACUGAGUCGAGCUGAACGACUCCUGGAGCAACUGGAGCAGGAGAUUGCUGAUCUUCAGAGGAGAGUCACUGAGCUGGAGCAGCUUUCACACACACGUGAUCACAUCCAUUUCCUCCAGGUUUUAGCUUCUGGACGUCGCUCUCCUCUCAUCCAAAGACCAGAUUUUCACACAUCCAGCGUCACUGUCCGUCAACAUCUCUCAUUUGAUGGAGUGAGGAAUUCUCUCUCAGAUCUGAAAAAGAGACUCGAGGAAUUCUGUGAGGAGGAAUUCAACAAAAUCCCUCCACAUGCUGCAGCAGUUCAGAUCAUUUCAGAACCAGAACCACAGAGCAGAGAAGAGUUUCUGAAAUAUUUCUGUUAUCUGACUCUGGAUCCCAACACGGCACAUCGUCGCCUCAUUCUGUCUGACAAGAACAGAGCGGUGAAAGACAGUGGGAGAGAGCAGCUUUACUCUGAUCAUCCAGAGAGAUUUGAUUACUGGGAGCAGGUGUUGUGUAAGGAGAGUGUGUGUGGACGCUGUUACUGGGAGGUGGAGUGGAGCGGGGCUGGUGGUGUGGACAUAUCAGUCUCAUAUAAAGACAUCAGCAGGAAAGGACAGGGUAAUGAGUGUAGGUUUGGAGGCAACAAUCAGUCCUGGAAUUUGCGGUGUUCUUCUUCUUUCUGUUUCUGGCACAACAACAUUAAGACUGAGCUCAAAGUUCCAUCCCCCUCCAGAAUAGGAGUGUAUGUGGAUCACAGUGCAGGAACUCUGUCCUUCUACAGCGUCUCUGAUGCAAUGAAGCUCCUCCACAGAGUCCACACCACAUUCACUCAGCCUCUAUUCACUGGGUUUGGGUUCGGCAAAGUUCCUGGGUUCGCAUUCUACUGGCAUUAUGGUUCUGCUGUGAGGUUGUGUGAUCCAUAGUAAAAAAAAAAGUGUGGAGUGUUUUCUGUAAAAUUCCUGCACGUUGCCA